AUGCCACGCAAGGAACAACAUAUUGUUGCAGAUUAUGCGUUUAAAUCAAGUCCUGCCGCCUGCGACAAAUCGUCCUGCCCCGGUAUUGUCAACGUUAACCCAGACUUACAGGCCUAUGCCGCGUUCGCGUCAAGCCCCACCUACGCGUCAGCACUUCACCUAUAUAGCAUAGGUAUAUUCUCAAUCUAUCCGUCCAUAAAUAACUUGAUACUUUUCCUGCCUCCAAAGAAAGGCCAUAUUCUCCUGGUUGGCUCCGGCCCAGGAUAUCCUUCCCUUCUCACCAUUGCAACUCAUAAUGCGCUUACGAAGCACACAGACCUUGUUCUCUUGGACAAGUUUGUUCCCGCUGCUGUACUUGCACUCAAACUUCAAACUGUCGAAGUGUGCAUUGCACGCAAGUUCACCAGCAAUGCCGAAGGUGCACAAUCAGAGAUGGUGGAUGCAGCCGUCGAAGCUACUCGAUGCCGCCUCACCGUUGUCGGGCUAAAUCAAGGAAACCCAGUCGUCUACGGCCGUGCAGGGGAAGGCGUCCUCGUCUUCCCAACACAUGGAUCCGAAUCGCUUGUUGUCCCAGCCGUCUCAUCUGCACACUGA